AUGAUUUCCUUAUCUACCAUCGCCCUUGUGAAUUUUGUCUCUGUCGUAGAAACCCCCUCCUGGAAUCGAACGUUUCACUUCAAUAAUCGUAGUUUGAAUUUAACUUUGGAGAUAACCGACAAACCGUCUCAUUGGAUUUUAAAUUACAUCUUCGGCAUACUGGCACAUGAAAGGUUGGGUUACCAGAACAUCGCGUUUGUGCAACGGGAUUGGGAUCGUCCGGAGGAUGCGAUCAAUCGUCUGGCUUGUUUAGAUUCUGAAUGUAACGAGCUUCCUGAGGUUCAUAUUAACCUAAACGUGUGGCUCCCUCUUGGUACAACAGCCAGUUUCUGGGCCCCGGCAAACAAGGUGACUGAUCACGGUCCUUUGGGUCCGGUUAGCCGAUGGGCUGUCUUAUCGGAUCGCGGAUUCGUGGAUCGGCUACUUGGAGAUAAGCUUCGCUUUGAGCACACGUGUAGUCGUAGCCCGUGGUCGUCGCCUGGUCUCAGUCCACGUCAUCCGGUUCAGUCGGGCAAUACGUGCAUACCGCCAUCCGAUUGUAACGAGACGGGCAGCCAACAGGGUAAGGCCAACUGA